GGCAGCAGUGUGCGGAGCAGCUGAUGCUCCUGCGGUGCUAAAAAUAAUCAACUUUUAUUCGCUCCAACUCUCACCGUAUUGUGCUUCUUCUUCUUCUUCUUCUCCUUCUUCUGCCUGUGAACUUUAUUUCUUCUUCGUUUGUUUCAUAAUCCGGACAUCAGGAAUGACACGGAGCCAGUGAGGAGUUUUACUUUUCUGAGAUUGACCGCAGGUUUGUGUGCAGCAGCAGCAGCAGCGGCGGCGGCGGCCGGGCGGUGGCAUGGCCUUGGCGUUUUGCGGCAACGAAAACGGAACCAAUGCAUACAACGUGGAGCGCGGCGUGCUGGACAACGGCUGCUUCGUGGACGCGCUCAACCUGGUUCCCCACGUCUUCCUGCUCUUCAUCACCUUCCCCAUCCUCUUCAUCGGUUGGGGCAGCCAGAGCUCAAAGGUCCAGAUCCAUCACAACACAUGGCUCCAUUUCCCCGGACACAACCUCAGAUGGAUCCUCACCUUCUCGCUGCUGUUCGUGCACGUCUGCGAGUUCGCCGAGGGCAUCGUCUCCAACAAGAUGAUGAACACCAACCACCUCCACCUCUUCAUGCCGGCCUUCAUGGGGUUCAUAGCAGCUACGACAUCGGUGGUUUACUACCACAACAUAGAGACGUCCAACUUCCCCAAACUGCUGCUCGUCCUGUUCAUCUACUGGGUGUUGGCGUUCAUCACAAAGUCCAUUAAGCUCUGGAAGUUCGCAGUGCACGACGUCGGGCUGCAGCACCUCCGGUUCUGCAUCACGGCCCUGUUGGUGAUCCUGUACGGGCUGCUGAUGGCUGUGGAGAUCAACGUCAUCCGAGUCAGGAAAUACGUAUUCUUUGCAAACCCCCAGAAGGUGAAACCACCUGAAGACUUACAGGAUCUGGGGGUUCGUUUUCUGCAGCCGUUUGUCAACCUGCUGUCCAAGGCGACCUACUGGUGGAUGAACCCGCUCAUCAUCGGAGCCCACAAGAGGCCCAUCGAGCUGAAGAAGAUCGGCAAGCUGCCCAUCGCCAUGAGAGCGCUCACCAACUACCUCCGGCUCAAAGACGCCUACGAGGACCAGAGGACUGCAGAGGAUCCCGAUCGCAGCCCUUCGAUGUGGCGCUCCAUGUACCGAGCGUUCGGUCGCCCCAUCCUGCUCAGCAGCACGCUCCGUUACCUCGCCGACCUGCUGGGCUUCGCCGGGCCGCUCUGCAUCUCUGGCAUCGUGAAGUACAUGGACAAUGGAAAUAACACGGCGUCAAGCGAGAUUAGAAUCUUAGGAGUGUACUUCAUGUCCUCCUUCGAGCUGCUCCAGAACACGUCGGUCCUGGCCGUGCUCCUCUUCCUGGCUCUGGUCCUGCAGAGGACCUUCCUGCAGGCCUCGUACUACGUCACCAUAGAAACGGGGAUCAACCUGCGGGGAGCGCUGCUGGCCAUGAUUUACAACAAAAUCCUGCGUCUGUCCACCUCCAACAUGUCGAUGGGGGAGAUGACUCUGGGGCAGAUCAACAAUCUGGUUGCCAUAGAGACCAACCAGCUGAUGUGGUUCCUCUUCCUGUGCCCCAACCUGUGGGCCAUGCCCGUGCAGAUUGUGAUGGGCGUGAUCCUGCUCUACUAUUUGUUGGGCUGCAGCGCUUUGGUCGGAGCGUCCGUCAUCGUCCUGCUCGCUCCGGUCCAGUAUCUCAUCGCCACAAAGCUGGCGGACACACAAAAAAGCUCGCUGGAACACUCCACAGACCGGCUGAAAAAGACCUCAGAGAUCCUGAAGGGCAUCAAGCUGCUGAAGCUGUACGCCUGGGAGAACAUCUUCUGUGACAGCGUGGAGGAGACGAGAGGCAAAGAGCUCACCAGCCUCAAGACCUUCGCUUUCUACACGUCGUUGUCCAUUUUCAUGAACGCCGCCAUUCCCAUCGCUGCCGUUCUCGCGACGUUUGUGAUGCAUCAUUUCAUCGGGGAAACUGUUCCCAGUUCUUCUGAGGCCUUCGCAGCCUUGGCCCUGUUCCACAUCCUGGUCACUCCUCUCUUUCUGCUCUCCACUGUCGUCAGGUUCGCCGUCAAGGCUCUGGUCAGCGUCCAGAAGCUAGGCGAGUUUCUUCAGAGCGACGAAAUCGGAGACGACAGCUGGAGAAACGGAGACAUGUGUGUUUCUAUGGAAGCUGGAAAAAAACACCCUGGUGGGACCAAAGCCAUCAACAGGAAGAAGCCGAUGCGCUACCAGAUGGACAACUACGAGCAGCCGACGCGGCGAACGAUGAGACCCACGGAGACGGAGGAUGUGGCUGUAAAGGUGAGCAAUGGAUUCUUCACCUGGGGAAGCAACCUGUCCACACUGUCAGACAUCAACAUCCGCAUCCCUACAGGUCAGCUGACGAUGAUUGUAGGCCAGGUGGGUUGUGGGAAAUCGUCCCUGUUGCUGGCCAUGCUCGGUGAGAUGCAGACCAUCGAUGGAAGAGUCCACUGGAGCAAGCUGCCUGAUUGUGAGAUGGUCCACGAGGGGAACUUCAGGUACUUUCUCUCUCUGACCGAGGAAGACUUCCGGAGCAAGAACAGAAACUCUGUGGCCUACGCUACCCAGAAGUCCUGGCUGCUCAACGCCACAGUGGAGGAAAACAUCACCUUCGGCAGCCCCUUUAACAAACAGAGGUACAAGGCUGUGAUCGAUGCCUGCUCUCUGCAGCCAGACAUCGACCUGCUGCCUUUUGGAGACCAGACAGAGAUUGGAGAGAGGGGUAUCAACCUGAGCGGAGGUCAGAGACAGAGAAUUUGUGUGGCCAGAGCCCUCUACCAAAACACCAACAUCGUCUUCCUGGACGAUCCGUUCUCCGCUCUGGACAUCCACCUCAGCGAUCACCUGAUGCAGGAGGGAAUCCUCAAGUUCCUGCAGGAUGAUAAACGGACUGUAGUCCUGGUCACCCACAAACUGCAGUACCUCAUACACGCAGACUGGAUCAUAGCAAUGAAGGACGGCUCGGUUCUGAGAGAGGGGACUCUGAAGGACAUCCAGACUCAUGACGUGGAGCUUUACGAUCACUGGAAAACUCUGAUGAACAGACAAGACCAGGAGCUAGAGAAGGACAUCCAGCAGGACAGUCAAACAACCCUGGAGAGGAAAACACUUAGAAGAGCUUUUUACUCCAGAGAGGCCAAGAACCAAACGGACGACGAAGACGAAGAGGAAGAAGAGGAGGAGGAAGAGGACGACAACAUGUCAACAACCACUAACAGAAGAUCCAAAAUCCCAUGGAGGGUGUGCUGGCGUUACCUGUCCUCCGGAGGCUUCUUCAUGGUGUUCCUGAUGAUCUCCUCCAAACUCCUCAAACACUCUGUCAUCGUCGCCAUCGACUACUGGAUAGCGAAAUGGACUUCGGCCAAAACCAACCACAACGCCACGAUGAGCGGCAACAGCACGUUGAACGCUCAAACAGAGAACGACUCCUACUACCUGCAAGUGUUUAUCAUCCUUUGUGCGGCUGGAAUCACGCUAUGUCUCAUCACCUCCCUCACCGUGGAGUUUCUGGGUCUCUCUGCGGCGACCAACCUGCACCACAACCUGCUCAACAAGAUCAUCCACGCUCCCAUCAGGUUCUUUGACAUCACUCCUCUGGGUCAGAUCCUCAACAGAUUCUCAGCUGAUACCAACAUCAUAGACCAGCACAUUCCUCCGACGCUCGAGUCUUUAACGAGAUCCACGCUGCUGUGUUUGUCGGCCAUCGGGGUAAUCUCCUGCAUCACUCGGACCUUCCUCAUCGCCCUGGUACCUAUCGCGGUGGCCUUCUACUUCAUCCAGAAGUACUUCAGGGUGGCCUCAAAAGACCUGCAGGACCUCGAUGACUCCACUCAGCUGCCUCUGCUCUGUCACUUCUCUGAGACGGCGGAGGGUCUCACCACAAUAAGAGCCUUCAGACAUGAAGCUCGUUUCAAACAGCGCAUGCUGGAGCUGACUGACACCAACAACACGGCCUACCUGUUUCUGUCCGCCGCCAACCGCUGGCUGGAGGUCCGAACGGACUACCUCGGGUCGGUGAUCGUGCUCACUGCAGCCGUCUUGUCCAUCUGGAACGCAGAGCACGGAUCCGGCAACGGCCUGGUGGGCCUCGGACUCACCUACGCCCUCACUGUCACUAACUACCUGAACUGGGUGGUGAGGAACCUGGCCGACCUGGAGGUCCAGAUGGCGGCUGUGAAGAAGGUCGACAGCUUCCUCGGCACAGAGUCGGAGGACUACGAGGGAACUAUAGACUCCUCUCAGGUCCCUGAGAACUGGCCCCAGGAAGGUGAGAUAAAGAUCCAGGACCUGUGUGUGCGCUACGACCCCAUGCUCAAACCUGUGCUCAAACACGUCAACGCGUACAUCGAACCGGGACAGAAGGUUGGAAUCUGCGGUCGGACGGGCAGCGGGAAGUCUUCUCUGUCGUUGGCUUUCUUCAACAUGGUGGAUAUGUUUGAAGGAAAGAUCAUCAUCGAUGGGAUCGACAUCUGCAAGCUUCCUCUGCAGACGCUCCGGUCCAGACUCUCCAUCAUCCUCCAGGAUCCCGUGUUAUUUAGUGGAUCUAUCAGGUUCAAUCUGGAUCCAGAGAGGACGUGCACCGACGAUCGACUCUGGGAGGCGCUAGAGAUCGCUCAGUUGAAGAACAUGGUGAAAGCUCUGCCUGGAGGACUCGACGCGGUGGUGACAGAAGGAGGAGAAAACUUCAGCGUGGGUCAGAGGCAGCUCUUCUGUCUGGCUCGAGCCUUUGUCAGAAAAAGCAGCAUCCUCAUCAUGGACGAGGCCACGGCGUCGAUAGACAUGGCCACGGAGAACAUCUUACAAAAAGUUGUGAUGACUGCGUUUGCGGACAGAACAGUCGUCACGAUCGCGCACCGUGUCCACACCAUCCUCACACACGAUCUGGUCAUUGUGAUGAAGCGGGGGAACAUUUUGGAGUAUGACAAACCCGAGACUCUUUUGGAGCAGGAGGGCGGGAUGUUCGCUUCGUUCGUAAAGGCUGACAUGUAGACGACAACAACUGACAGACUGAUCAGUUGUUUCUUUUAUCGCUUCUGUUUUUUUCAUAAUGACGGGAGAAGAGAUCUGUGACUUUUCAGCACUAAGGUGAAGCCAAUAAUACACAGAGAAGCUUCUUGUUGUCUUCAGUUGAAGGCAAAUCUGAUCCAGAACCUCCAACAGAUCAUCUGUUGAUAUUUCUGAAGAGUUGUACUUGAAUCUUUCAGUCGGGCAAUUAAAUGCUGCCUUUUUUUUUUUUUUU